AUUAAAAUAAUGGAAAAGAAAAAAAGGGGGCAUGAAAGUUCGUGCGGAAGUGGGAAUAUUAGAAACGAACUGCAAUGAAAGCAAAGCACAGUCAUGGUUCCAGAGAGAGACCCCACCUCGAAUUCUUCCAAUCUUUCUCAAUCUAAACUCUCUCUUUCCCAACUUGUUUCCCUCUCUCUUGUUACCCCGUUCAAACUCUUCAAAUACCAGCAAACAAUGCCCGUUCCUUUCCUUCUCACCUUUCUCUAGUCUUUUUUUCUUUUCUUUUUUCUUUGUUGGGUCUUUCUCUUUUUCAAAUUUCAACAAUGGCAAAGGCUAAUGCUGACAAGUUGAAGCGGUUAAGAGCUUGGGUGCAAAACUACGAUUGGGGAAGAUGUGGGAAGGAUGCACAAGUGGCGAGGCUGUUGGCUUUGAAUUGCGGGGCUAAGGUUGAGCUUGACAGGCCUUACGCUGAGUUGUGGAUGGGAACCCAUGACUCUGGACCAAGUUUUUUGGCUGAUGAUGAAGAAGAAAAUACGGUUUUGAAAGAGUGGCUUGGGAAGAAUCCAAAUGUGCUCGGUCAUAAGGUUUUGGAAAAAUGGGGGUCUGAUCUUCCUUUUUUGUUCAAGGUACUUUCAGUGGCAAAAGCCCUGUCAAUACAGGCGCAUCCAGAUAAAGAAUUGGCCAAAGAAUUGCAUAAGUUGCAGCCAAACCUUUAUAAGGAUGGUAAUCACAAACCUGAGAUGGCUUUGGCAAUAACAGAGUUCAGGGCCCUUUGUGGGUUCAUUACUCUUGAGGAGCUUAAGGGUGUACUUGAAGAUGUUCCUGAAAUUGUAGAAUUGGUUGGCAGUGCAUCAGCAAACCAAGUCUUAGAUAUUGACAACCGAGAUGGGGCAGAGACAGUAAAAUCUGCUCUGGAAUCGGUUUUUACCCAACUUAUGUCAGCUAGCAAGGAGAUGACAACUAAAGCAAUAUCAAAACUGAAAAGUCGGCUGCACAUUAAAAGUCAGUUGAGGUGUCUCACAGAGAAGGAACAGUUGGUGUUGCACUUGGAAAAGCAAUAUCCAGGUGACAUAGGUGUCAUAUCUGCCUUCUUUUUCAAUUAUGUGAAACUUAAUCCUGGUGAAGCAUUGUAUCUUGGGGCAAAUGAGCCGCAUGCAUACUUAAGUGGAGAGUGCAUCGAAUGCAUGGCAACUUCAGACAAUGUUGUCCGGGCUGGUCUUACCCCCAAGCAUCGCGAUAUUCAAACUCUUUGUUCCAUGCUAACAUAUAAGCAGGGCUAUCCCGAAAUCCUGAAAGGGUUUCCAUUGAGUCCGUACAUAACAAGGUAUCUCCCACCCUUUGACGAGUUUGAGGUUGAUCGUUGCAUUCUUCCGAAAGGGCAUUCAACGGUUUUCCCAGCCAUCCCUGGCCCUUCUAUUUUCCUCAUCUUUCUUGGGGAGGGAACACUGUAUUAUGGAUCAUGGGAAGAUAUGGUUAAUGAAGGAGACGUGCUCUUUGCACCAGCCAAAACUGAGAUUACCAUUACUACGACAUCUGAGCUGCAGCUAUACAGGGCAGGGGUGAACAGCAGGUUCUUUCACGCCUUGUGAAUUUAGAACAGAGCCGCAGCCUUCAGCCCUAGCGAGUAAAUAGUAUAUUAAUUAUUUAUUUUUGCAUGUAUCUAUGCUAUUUUUUGCUGCCCUUUAUUGUAAUUUUAGGACAUGCAAAUAUAUAGUAAAAGUUAUUAGUAUUACCACUAUAAUCUGACGGUUCAGACCCACUUUUUU